GCCAAGUUUCCUACAUAACGUUGUCCCCUUCCCCACCCUCUUCUUUCAUCCUCCACUCAACUUUUCUCUCAAUCCUCUAAGUGUCUUCUACCCAAUAGAUUUUUUCAUUUUUAUGUGCAUAAAGUUUUCUUCUUUCAAUCCAUCUAUUGAAGCACUAGUUUCACAAGGUUUCUAUUGAUUCUUUUUUUAUACCAUUUUGAGGUCUAGCAAUGGAAGGGAGCAUUGACCCUGCAACCUCAAGCCUUCUGUGUCUGGAAAACAAUGACAUGUGCUUUGAUGAUUUUGAUUGUAAUGUUGCAGAUGAAUCUCCUUCAUUGGACCACAAAAAUCUUAACUUUAACAAUCAGUAUCUGAUUAAGGACAAUCAUCAUGGAUCGGAACAUUUGUUGGAUUUUUCUGUACAGAGCGAUGAAACUGUUUUGGGUUUGGUUGGGAGGGAGAAGGAAAAUUUGCCCCAAGAUGGUUACCUCAAGAGACUUCUUAGUGGGGACUUGGACUUGAGUGUUAGGAAGGAGGCUCUUGAUUGGAUUUGGAAGGCUCAUGCAUACUUUGACUUUGGACCCUGUAGCUUAUGUCUAUCUGUUAACUACUUGGAUCGGUUCCUAUCAGUAUAUGAAUUACCAAGAGGCAAAAGUUGGAGUAUGCAACUGUUAGCUGUAGCAUGUUUGUCAAUUGCUGCCAAAAUGGAGGAGAUUAAAGUGCCUCCUUGUGUAGAUUUACAGUUUGCAUUUGAAGCUAAAGACAUUCAAAGAAUGGAACUACUGGUGUUAAGCACAUUGAGAUGGAAAAUGCAAGCUUCAACUCCAUUUUCCUUCCUAGAUUACUUCCUCAGGAAGAUCACUUGUGACCAAGUUAUAGUAAAGUCAUCCAUUUUAAGAUCAGUAGGACCCAUCCUUAACAUAAUUAAAUGUAUCAAUUUCUUGGAAUUCAGGCCCUCUGAAAUUGCUGCAGCAGUGGCAAUUUCUGUAUCAAGGGAAAUGCAAGCAGAAGAGAUUGACAAGACCUUAACAUGUUUUUUCAUUGUAGGGAAGGAAAGAAUUUUGAAGUGUCUUGAAUUGAUCAAAGAUUUGUCCUUGAUCCAAGAUUCUGCUAACUUAGGCACCAACUUAGCAUCAUUUGUACCCCAAAGCCCUAUUGGGGUGCUGGAUGCUGCAUGCUUGAGCUCUAUAAGUGAUGAAUUAACAGUUGGAUCAUAUACAGAUUCAUCCCUUAAUACUCCAAAUUCUAAGAGGAGGAGGAAAUCUGACUAAACCCUUCUGAUGGGACAUUCAAGUCAUGAAAUUUUAAUUUAUUUCCUUCACUAAAGUUCAUUUGGUUUGGUGGUUGAAUAAGAGUUUAGUGUGGUCUUUCAGGCAGUUGGUAACACACUCAAUGAAGGUGUGUGUCUUGGGUGGAUAAGAUGGAAAUUUAAGCACUUUCAUGCUUAUAGCAUGAAAAGGAGGUGUUGCUAGUAGGUUAUAGAAACAGCUGCGGAGAGAUAUUGUGGAUGGGAGAGGAAAUUUUGAUGAAACAACGUGUUGAUGAAGCAAAGCAUGUCAAGUGGUAAUAAUUAAUAUUUGGACAGAAUAUAGCUAUUCUUAUUUAUGUCCUAACUUUUCAUUUUUCGGGAAAGAGAAUGAAAUAUAAUUUGAGAUUUUUUUAUUUAUUUUGUGUUGUGUGCGAAUUCUGGAGGAAAGAUUGAAUUUUUGCGUGUUGUCCAAUUAAACAACAAAAAAAGUAUAAAUAAAAGGAAAGGCCUUACUUUCCGGUUA